UUCAAGAUGGUGCUACUUACUUUACUGGGACUAACUGCUUUAUUUCUGAGAGAAAGGAGAGAAGUAAAGAAUACCCACUCAGGUCAAGAUGAAAGAGAGGACCAGAGUGAUGUACUGCCCGAGAGCAGUACUGAUGGUCAGACUUCUCAGCAGAUCAACAGCGACCCUGAAGUCCUCACUACUGGAGAGGAACUUACUGGUCACCCUGAAAUCGAUGAUGAUGUCAUCUUCCAAGAUUUCGUUGGUUCAUCUGAACGGAGCGCUGAGGCCCUCCAUCCAAGAGAUGAUGGCCUUGAGGAGGAUUAUUCUGAACCCCUUCCAUUGGUGCUGCAACAUCAACUCUCAGAGGAUCAGCAGAGAGAUGGAGCCUCAGACAAUGAGACCAAAUCAGACUCUGAGGUUCCUGAAGUUCCUGUUCCUGCCGAUGACAUACCAGGGGUUCUUAACAAAGUCCUCUCAGGCUUUUCCUCACAAUGGACAAACUGGUGGGAGAAAGAAUCAUAUGAGAUCCUCACUCUAAUACCAGAACUUCAUUUCCUUCGCCUUAUACCUAGUAGGGUUCUGCGUGUUUCUUCUGAGCCUGGUCAGACUUCUCAGCAGAUCACCAGCGACCCUGAAGUCCUCAGUCCUGAAGAGGAACUUACUGGUCACCCUGAAAUCCAUGGUGAUUCAUCUGAACAGAGUGGCGAGGCCCUCCAUGCUCUCAACAGUGUCAUGUGUGACUUUAAUGUCAACUCAUUUGACAUUCCCCAAGUUCCAGACUCUGCCGUGUCUGACUGUAAAGUCGACAUCCCAAAAGCUUUAGAAAAUACAACAGAGGACACUGUGGCACCUAUGUCAAGCCAGCUGAAAGAUAAUGAGACAACAAUAAUGGACAUUAAUGCCUGCUGCAAUGACAUUGGCAUUCAACAAAGUGAUGAUGGACUUGAGGAGGAUUAUUCUGAACCCCUUCCAUUGGUGCUGCAACAUCAGCUCUCAGAGGAUCAGCAGAGAGAUGGAGCCUCAGACAAUGAGACCGAAUCAGACUCUGAGGUUCCUGAAGUUCCUGUUCCUGCCGAUGGCACACCAGGGGUUCUUAACAAAGUCCUCUCAGGCUUUUCCUCACAGUGGACGAACUGGUGGGAGAGAUCCUCAGGGAAGAUCCUCACUCUGACUGUGAUCUCCUUCUUCUUCUUCUUCAUUGCUAUUUAUCUGAGUCCGAUGACGCUGAUGAUGAGUGGGCUGUGCGUUCAGAUCAAGUUCUUCGAACAGAUCAUCACAACUGGUCACCGAGUGUAUUACUCUUACCACAUGCCGUGGUUCAGAACCCUAAGCUUGUACUUCCUGCUGUGUGUGAACAACUUCUUCUACGGUGAAACAAUCGCAGAUUAUUUCUUCACUCUGGUGCAGAUGGAGGAGUAUAUACACAUGUUCAGCAAAUACCAGCAAUUAAUUUCCUUCACCUCAUACCUAAUAGGGCUUUGCAUGUUUGUUCUGAGCCUGGUAAGGAAACAUUAUCGGCUGCAGUUCUGCAUGUUCGCCUGGACUCAUGUGACCCUGCUGAUUGUGGCGAUGCACUCCCUCUCAAUCAUUCAAGACUUCUUUGACGGGACGAUCUGGGUUAUAAUGCCCAUCUCUAUUUGUAAUGACAUAAUGGCUUGGAUAUUUGGCUUUAUUAUCAGUUGGACAUUUCUCAUCUAGUCGUCUCUUAAGAAGACACAGCAAAGGUUCAUCAGUACCGCCUUGUCCACUGUUGUAUUUGGAAAACAACUGUGCUACAGUUAGUUCAGCAGCCACUCCAACAGUUUCACAGUGGACUGUGAGCUGUCUGAAUCACUCCUCCAGCUUCGGGACUACGGCCAGCCGUCUGUACUGCAGACUAUCACAGGCUGGAUCACAGUGAAGCUGUACCCUUCUAGAUCCACAGCAUCACUCUGUCCAGCUUUGCCUCCAUCAUGGGACCAUUUGGUGGCUUUUUUGCCAGUGGCUUCAAAAGAUAGUUGGAGAAGAGGGUUAUUAUGUACCAGGCAACACUGUGGCAGGACUAGAAUGAAGAUUCAGAGAGAGAAAUUCAAGUCAAACAGUUAACCCAUAGACAAGAUGAUAAUGGAAUGCAAAUAUGCAAGAGAACAGCAAGACAGGCAGCAGAGCCGGUCGACCCCUAGGGGAAGAAGAGGCGGAGCACAAGUGCGCCCCCUGCCUGCUGGAAUGAAGAGGGGCAGAAGACAAUGCUGGGAGAAAACAAUAUUUUUAAAUAAAAAUUUAAUAAAAAUGAAA